GGUAUCGGUUUCAACAGCAACAAGCUUGCUAGUUCAGUAGCAAGUGUUCCCGGUGUGGAAUUAUUUCCACGUUUCACUUUGGGAUUUUAAAUAUGUACUUUGCAAUGAAAGCGCUGCUUAUGCAAGAAGGAAUAAGGUGUGUUUCUUUAGUAUUAUAAUACUACACAGCUGAAUACUAUAUAGUAAUACUUGAACACUAUACUAAUACUUUCCUUUAAAUGUAAUGUUAACUUCAUGCUGCGUUCCACUAACAGUAUUAGGCCAGAGUUUCAUACUCUGUACUUUACUUUGUUCUUAUAUGGAUGUUUGUGCCACAUAGAAAUGUGCAGCUUUCCACAUUGAAUCAUCAUCAGCAUUAUUUCCUUGGAUUCUUAUUUGUGAAUUUAUGAAGACUAACCUGUCUGAUGGAUAUCCAUAAGAAAGAAGAAAGCCAUUACCCAGCGUCUCUACUGUAGUUUGCAUGUAUACAUUUCUGGGCACCAAAUAUAGGACGACAGGAAAAAACCGUCUCAUAUUCGGGUCAUUAGAAUAAUAAUUUGACUGCAACUGUCCAUGCUAGCUUGGAGCAUAGAACAUUAAAUAAGGUCUAAAUAUUGUACAUUAGAAGGCGCAAAGACCAUUAAAUAAGCAAAACUAUUGCAAAAGGCGGUCUGUGAUGUAAUUAAGUGUAAAAAAGCCGUAUGUUGAAUGCCCCACGUACUUGUUUACCUGCAUUUUGCAUUGUGGGAAAGGAUCUGCAGUGUACCCGAGACUGAAUGGCCAAUGUUUUGUCCCAGUGGGGUUGCUGUUCUUCACGUGUUGUCCGCCCCGUUCCCUCACAUCCACGGAGACAGAUUGUUUUUCCGUCACCUCAAAUUUUCCCUUGUGCCACAACAAGAAUGCAUCGUGUUCUGUAUCUAUGACAUUGUGGCCUUCAUUUCACUGUCUCUUGUUUUCAGUGCAUGCCUGAGAGUAGCUCCGCCCGCAUCGGAGUCCGUUGUUUUAUCACGGCGCAGACUUCUAGCCAUUACCUUAAUGACCCAUCUAUCUUUGCCGUAUUCCUCUCAGAUGCUGACCGAGCCUGCCAUCUUCGCCGCAGAGAGCAGCUGCAACUGCCGUGCCCCUCAUGAGAAGCUCACCGUCGCUCAGGCCCGUGAAGGCACCCCAGUGGACCGUCCAGUGAGAGUCUACGCCGACGGCAUCUUCGACCUGUUCCACUCAGGCCAUGCUCGUGCUCUCAUGCAGGCCAAGAACCUCUUCCCUAACACCUACCUCAUUGUGGGAGUGUGCAGUGAUGACCUGACCCACAAGUACAAGGGCUUCACGGUCAUGACGGAGACGGAACGAUACGAAGCACUAAGACACUGCCGCUACGUAGAUGAGGUGCUGAGGGACGCUCCUUGGACGCUCACGGCCGAAUUUCUGGAGAAACACAAGAUCGAUUUUGUGGCUCAUGAUGAUAUCCCAUACUCCUCAGCAGGGAGCGAGGAUGUCUACAAACACAUCAAGGAGGCAGGUUUAUUUGUGCCGACACAACGCACCGAGGGGAUCUCCACGUCAGACAUCAUCACCAGAAUCGUCCGAGACUACGACGUCUACGCCCGUCGCAACCUCCAACGUGGCUACACAGCCAAGGAGCUCAACGUCAGCUACAUCAAUGAAAAGAAGUACCGGCUGCAGAACCAAGUGGACCGGAUGAAGGAGAAGGUUCGCAACGUGGAGGAAAAGAGCAAACAUUUUGUUUACCGCGUGGAGGAGAAGAGUCACGACCUCAUUCAGAAGUGGGAGGAGAAAUCCCGGGAGUUUAUCGGCAACUUCCUGGAGCUUUUCGGACCUGACGGGACAUGGAAGCAGGUGUUUCAGGAACGCAGCGGCCGAAUGCUGUCCUACGCUCUGUCUCCCCGGGAGUCCCCCUGCAGCAGCCCUCCGCGUGAACUGUCUCCCCAGCGCUCGCCGUCGCCCCCGUCUCCUCCCGACCGCUGGCACAACGCACGGCCCUCGCCCCUGACCUCCCCCAAAGGGGCGUCGGCCUCCGUCAGCAGCAUGAGUGAAGGCGACGAGGAUGAUGCAGACACUCCCACGUGCUCACAGAACAAUGCUUGAGAACUUGUGCGUGCACACACACACUUACACACACACACACUUUACACAUAAACACUGGAUAGAUACCAAAACACUUUACCUCAAGCAAAAUACAGAAGCCGUGGGGAUUCUGUGCAAGUGAGGUCUGUCCCGCUGGGUUGUCCAGGUGACCCACUCAGAUUCAGGUGGAUGAUGAUGGUUCACUGUAUCACGGAAAAAAGGUAGUCACACUGGAUCACCCAUAGCCUUGUUAAGCCACAUGCUUGUUUUUGUCCUUUUUCUUUUUUGUAGAGCACUGUCUCUUUAAAACGCCAUAUUUACUGUGAUUUUUUUUUUUGGUGUGUGGGGCGGUUAUAAUAUAAACACAGUGUCAAGAUGGCACACGCUAGCAUAUCACAUAAACUUUCCCAUGACAAAACACUCUUAAUGUGAAACAGGAAGACAUAAACCGGAAAUGUGGGGCGACGAGCGGAAUGCUGGCAAACGACGUUAACGCGUGUGUUUUAUGCAUUGCCCAUUUUACUCAAUUGUACUAGGACUAGCUGAUUAAUAUUUUUGGCGUUUUAUUGCAAAAAUGACAUGACAACAUUGUGUAAUUUAAUUGUUGAAGCGGGCUUGGGUACAUGUUAUAAAGUGCCCGGAUGUUAACAUAUCACUUAACCACUUAAAUGGCUGACCUCGGUAUCUACGUUUUACGCAGACUAUAACUUAACAGUUGAAGCAAUAUUGUGUUGGUGAAACAGCUGUAAGAUGUUGAUUCAAAAACGCUGAGAAUAAGACAACUGAAACCGUAAGUUAUUGAAUGUAAUCAGAGCUCACCUGUUAGCGUGUGCACAGCCAUCUUGCCCACGUGUGCGUCACACUGGAGAUGUGCGAGUCCUGAACGAGUCGGUGGAUCCGGGACUCGUCUCCGUGGCCUCGUCCGUCACGAGCUAAACAAAUUAAGUCGACGUACCCGAGUCACUUGAGGCCUGUUGCUAUGUAACUGUCACGACUCACAUCAGUGAGUGACUCAUUAGAAGUCAAGUUAGUGAAAGUACUCGCGUUUCCCCAUCACUAUCAACUCUGAACGUUGAACUUAUUCACUGACCUCACCUCACUCGAGCUGGUCAUUUUUCAGGGAGUAUUAUGUCCUCUAAGGGGAGGCUCACGUAAAAAACCCCAAUGGUACGGUACGCCUUGAGAAUGUACAUGUUAUUUGUUUUUUUUAAGUAAAAUGUCCAAACGGCUUGUCAUGUACAUAAAAACCCAGUGUUUGUGUUUUUAUUUAAAAAAAAAAACACACAGGACACGUAUCUAGAUGUACAUUUUUUUUAAUGCCAGUGUUGAGAAAAGAUCUAUUAAUCUCAUGCUGAACGACUUCUUUGUCCGGUUGCCUUUUUGGUUUCUGAUUGCACGUCUCCGCAUGGGGCCCCCUUCACACUUCAUACAUAUAAAUACAUCAUUUUUGAAGCUGCGAGAAACUGGAACGAACACUCCCACACCGGCUGCAUAUAUAAACAACAAACACGUUAUUCAUAGUUCCAUAGACGGUUGACAACACUUACUGUAUAUUCAUAAUGGAAGCUCUCCAUCUGCCAAGCUUUCAUUAUUGGGGAAAAUCCCUAAAUGUUCAUGUUAGCAGUCUUCAGUUAAGUCCACCAUUUGCUUCAGUCGAUGCCAAAUUCGUUUUACUGCUGUAUAAAGAGCAAAAUACCACAUCGACCCGAAUAUAAGACAACACAGAUCACCGUCAUCUUAAAAUGAGCAUUAUAAUGCAUUAUGUUUCCCAUAGGACUGCGAUCUAUCUGUGGCAUUGGGUUGCGGUAUGCAAGAUGACAUCUAUUUGCAUUAUGCCAUUUUUGGGAGAGAUUAAAAGUGAGCAAAAACAAAAUGUUUAGGAUUGCAAAUCAAGUCUUGUUGAGGACGGCUCCAUGCCAAUACGGUUAGCAGGACCCUCUCGCUGCUCGUUGAGGCGAGCCAUACAUUCUUUCAUGUCUUUCAUGUUGUCUCAAAGUGUCCAAUAAGGCCAGAAAAAGGUGCUCCAUUUAUCACUAUUUGCUUGAAUACUCGCUAAAACGUAGCUUUUUGUGUUUUUUAAAAAUUUCACAAGCAAGGCGGAGCCGCCUGUGAGUGCGUUGAGGCAGUCACAUACGUUCUUGAAUGUUAGUCUCCAAAAGUGUCCAAUAAGACCAGAAAAAGUCGCUCGAAUACUUGCUAAAAUGCUUUUUUCUAUUUUUUGUUAUGUCACAAGCAAGACGGAGCCACCUGUGAGUGCUUUGAGGCCGUGUCCACACGAAUAUGGCUAGCAGGACCCACUGCUCGUUGAGAAGAGCAAUACGUUCUUUCAUGUUAGACUCCAAAAAUGUCCAAUAAGACCCAAAAAAGUAGCUCCAUUUGUCGCUAGUUGCUAAAAUACUUGUUAAAACACAUCUUUUUAUGUUGUUUUUUGAAAUGUUACAAGCAAGAUGGAGCCACAUGUGAUUUAGGCUCCAAAAGUGUCCAAUAAGAGCAGAAAAUGUAGCUCCAUUUGUUGCUAGUUGCUAGAAUACUCGUUAAAACGCACCUUUUUAUGUGUUUUUUUAAUGUCACAAGCAAGCUGGAGCCACCUGUGAGUGCUUUUAGGCGGUGUCCAUUUGAAUACAGAUCCCAGGACACGCUGCUUGUUGAGAAGAGCCAUACCUUCUUUAAUGUUAGUCUCCAAAAGUGUUCAAUAAGCCCUGAAAAAGUCACUUCAUUUGUUGCAAGUUGCUAGAAUACUUGUUAAAAAGCACCUUUUAUGGAUUUUUUUUAAUGUUACAAGCAAGACGGAGCCGCCUGCGAGUGCUUUGAGGCUCUCACAUGUGUUCUUCAAUGUUAGUCUCUAAAAGUGUCCAAUAAGACCAGAAAAAGUCGCUCCAUUUGUCGCUAGUCGCUUGAAUACUUGCUAAAACAUUUUUUCUAUUUUUUUUAAUGCCACAAGCAAGAUGGAGCCACCUGUGAGUGCUUUGAGGCCGUGUCCAUUGUGAAUACAAAUAGCAGGACCCACUGCUCGUUGAGAGGAGCCAUGCGUUCUUUCAUGUCUCCAAAAGUGUCCAAUAAGACCAGACAAAGUCGCUACAUUUGUCGCUAGUCGCUUGAAUACUUGCUAAAAUGCACCUUUUUCUGUUUUUUUAAUGCCACAAGCAAGAUGGAGCCGCAUGUAGCGCUUUGAGGCCCUGUCCACGCCAAUACGGAUACCAGGACACGCUGCUUGUUGACAAAAAGUGCCAAAAGUGUCCAAUAGGACCGAAAAAAGCCGCCCCAUUUGUCGCUAGUCGCUUGACUACUCGCUAAAACGCUAGUGCGUAUGCGGUGUGUAAAGAAGCAGAGUUACGAUGCCGUCUACUGCAGAGAGCGUUCCAUUCCAACGUGAGGUAGCACCACAUCUAUUUGUGGCGGUGCAAAUGUAUUCGUGGCGGGCGACCACAAAGAAAUGAAUGCAUGGGAAACACUGCCCCCGAUACUGUCUUAUAUUCGGGUUUUAGGGUAGUUAAAAGAAACAAGUAGAUGUGUGUUGUCCAUUUGUCCAGGUUCCUUCGUCUUUUUUUGCCUCCGAAAUAAUAAAAUGAGCACUACACAUUCCUGCCUGUACAUUAUUACUGUCCUUUUGCUCUUUUGCAUGAGCUGAAAGAGCAAGAUGGGUGCAUGGCAAACGCAUAGAAAGUGUACAUCCUAAGACCUCCAUCCUAAUAUCCAGUAGUAAGGCUUUGACCUCAUGGUUUGAUGAUUCAAGGCCGUCAUGGAGUGGCGACAAAAAGCUCUACUGCUACUACACCGGCCUACUCGUGCAUCUGGUCUCAAGUGGCACUGAAACUUGAAUCGUGGAUGUAAAGGGAGAAGCAGAAACACCCCUUUUGACAAAGCGGAGAUACCCGUGACUCAUUCAGGCGCAUGAGACACAGUGGGAGUUACAGUGAAGAGGUUAAAUACGCUGGUACGCUAGCAAGGCGGCGUGAUGAGUUAUCUGUUAGCUUUGUAUUUGGACUUGCUGGCGUCCCGCGGUUCUCUGCUCGGGUUGCUCCAGUCGUCCGCUUCGGGGCUGGUGGUGUA